AUGCUCUUCUCGGCCAUGUUCGCAUGUCGCUGGACUCGUGCAGUCGUAGCAGCUUGCUACCUUGUCGCCAUUAGUGGGUCUGUCUCGACUCAGCCCGUCGGUAAUGACUAUCAGCGUGCUGCGGCAAAAGGAGUUGCGGCUAGCGAAGUGGGAGAGAGCUCUUCACGAACCGGGAUGCCAGUGGAUCUCGACCUGCGUCUGUAUAACCCGACUCCUUUCCGAGAGCGUCCGCCGUCCGCAACGUACUUUUAUCACCGAUUCCAUCCAGGCUCUGCGCCCGUGCUCGGUGCUCAGCCUGGUGUCGGACCAAGUGCAAGUGCCGUGCGGACAUCAACGCAUCAAGUGCCGCCACACCUUGGACAGGCACCUCGAAGCAGCGCUGUCCAUCCCGGUGCGUCUCUGCCUGAAUUGAGCCAGCCCCUAGAGGCGGCUGACGCCAGGACCGUAGGGCAGCCGUGGUGGAGAGAAGCACCGUCAAAGUACGCGACGCACGACCAAGUCUAUGAACGGUGGACUCAGGCGAUGCGGACGAUCCUUGGCAACCCAUAUCUACAGUUCACCAGCGUUGGUGACGAAGAGGGAACCAGAUCUAGGGUGCUCGUGGCUCGAGAUCGGCUGGUCCAAGCCGAUCGCCUUGUGCCUCCUGCAGCUGGCGAAAGGAUGGUGUGGAGCUCGCUCAAGGCUGGAAAGAGCAACAAGAAAGCGACCUUGAAGCACUUCUCGUACCAGCUGCAUAAUGCCCAGCUGGUCAAGAUGGGCGAGAUGAGCUCGCGAGUGACCACGGGACGCACGUACGUGUAUCUGGACAGCCGAUUCAACAUGGACUGGUACAACCACAUGUACUUCAGCAACCGGUUGCGCUUUAUUCCGAUUCGUGCCGAAGGGAUGUCGUGGAAGACGAUGAACAACCUGUUCACGCGGCGCAGGUUUGUGCUUGUGCUGCCGCCGCUGACGCCGCAGGGGCUUCCGUUGCUGGUGGCGCGUCACACGUUUCAAAACGGCAUGGCGGAGGUUCAGGACUUCGUCCCGGACGGGCUGGAGGACCUGCGGCAGAUUGUCUCGCUGUGGUCACCUGCGUUGCACGGCAUGGACAGGACGACCAUGGUGCUGUACGGCAUCGGGCAGCUCGACAUGCGCGGAGAUCCGCGGGGCGAAACUACGGUCAAGCGCCUCGAAGCCAUCGCUCAGACCGCUCAAGGCACCAAACUGAAGACAUCCUACGAUAUCUUUACCGAACUGCCGCACAUGCUGCCUUAG